CAGUGUCAUUUAUUUUUUGUCGUUUAGUUCGUUUGUUGAUAUCGAAAUCUAACCUAAAAUAAUGUUUUUAUUUUUCAGCUUAUUAUAUAGUAUGUAAAUAUAUUUUAUAAAAUGUUUGCAAUUAAACGAAUUUUAACCACAUACAAUUUAAAGUCUGUCAGAAUUAAAACACCUUUACCCGUGAAACAAAUACAUCUGACAUCGGGUCUGUGGCAUGGAGAAUAUGAGUGGAAGGAUCCCAAGUCAGAAGAUGAAGUGGUAAAUGUUGUGUACAUAGAUAAAAAUGGCGAAAGGGUCAAUGUAAGAGGUAAAGUUGGAGAUAAUGUUUUGUACCUAGCACAUAGAUAUGGUAUAGAAAUGGAAGGUGCAUGUGAGGCGUCUUUGGCGUGUACAACAUGCCAUGUGUAUGUAAACUAUGAGCACCUUGAUAAGUUACCACCGUCUGAAGAGAAAGAGGACGACCUACUAGAUAUGGCGCCAUUUUUAAAAGAAAAUUCAAGAUUAGGUUGUCAAAUAGUGCUCACCAAAGAACUAGAAGGCAUCGAGUUGACAUUACCAAAAGCAACUCGAAACUUCUAUGUAGACGGACACAAGCCUACCCCGCACUGAGAACAGUUUGGCUGUUAUAGUUUUAAGUGUUGAUUUUGAUAUAUAUGCAUGAAUAUAUGUUACAAAUAACAAUAAUAAAUUGCCAAGGAUGUAUUAUAGUCGCCAUCUAGUCCUUAACUAAGUGGAGUUCGUACUAUGAGUACUUGAUUUGGUAAAUGUACGUAAACAUUUUUGUUUUUAUAUAUUAGUAUAUUUAUAUAUACAUACAAUUGAAUUCAAAAUAAAAUAUAUUGGACAGAAAGGGCUCAAAUGAAUAUAAAGACAUAUGUAUAAAAAUUACUAGUUUUUUGAGAUAAAAAAUUAGUAAUUUUACACACACACGUUGAUUUAAGAAGUACAUAUACUAGAAAUGAAAUUGGCCACUUCAAAAUGGCGUAUUAAGGUGAAACAAAGUUUAGGAUAUUUACGAUCACAACUGUGAAAGCCGUAUCCAAUUUGGCACAGUAGUUUAUUAAACAAACAUACGUAUAAAUAAACAAUUUCUAAAAAAUAUUAUUUUGAGUCGUAUUGCUCUUAUUAAAAGCUUAUAUCAUCGUUUAUAUGUCCCACGUACUUCUUCUUCUAUUAUCUUCUUGUUAUUAUUAUAUUACUAAGAUUACUAAUUAAUCUAAUUUGUUUUUUCUUAUAUAAUUGCAAAUUUGUAUACCUCGAUAUAUGGAGUUGAUCAUAGAGGACUUAUCUUGUUUUACCAUCCAUUGUUACCUAUGUAUCACAAUUUAAAUAAAUAAAUGCUAUUGCAUAGAUUAUGUAUAGAGCAAGCUAUACAUAAUUAGGCAUCAUGCAAUUUAUUUGUUCAGAAUUUAUAUUACAACUUUUACUUUAGCAAAACUAAAUUGAAACCGCAUAUUUUUGUGUUUUUAUUUUACUAUUGAACUUAAUAAAAAGUGAUCAUUGUACUAAAAAAUAAAAAUAUGACACGAAUUCGUGCCAGAUAGGCUGCGUGCUUACAUUUUGUUGUCCAUGGACUUCCCUUCUCAAUUUUGCUUCUUUAGGUUCUUGUGGGCGUAAUAUUUUUAAAAGACAACUCCUCUGUCUAAUCUAGUAACAUAUUUUUUUUUAUGCAAAUAAUUGUUAAAAUUUUUAUAAUUAUUAGUCCAAUUGUAAAUAGAAUAUUAUGGAAUUAAAAUAUCAUUUAAU